AUAGUGGCUUCUAACACUUUUUGAACAGUAUGUUGGACUGAUUUGGUAUCCAUUGGUAUCCAUGAGAUCCAUUGCAAGUUUUUCCCAGAUGCCGCUGCUUGAGCACAAAGAGAACAAGCUUUUGAAUACAUGGCUGUGCUGCUUCCUGGACCCUGUCCAUUUCUAUAAGACAAGAUCUCAUUAUUUCCAAAGCCUGGCUCAGCUUCAAUCAAGUCUUGCCAUUUCUAGGAAACCUCAGAGUUCACCCCAGGCCGAACAACAGCAACAUUUACCUUCCAGUAGAGUCUUUUCAACGGGACAUGACCCAGGGCCAUCAGAAUCAGGAGCUCUCAAGAAGCAAAGCAGGUGCAUUCCAGGACAAGCAGGCUGCAGACACGUCACUGGAUGAAGGGUGAGAAAUGCUUACCUUGCAGGCAUUAGGCACUCCAAAAUGUCCAGGUCAAAUCUGGGUGGAAAGGGGGAUUGCAAGUACUGUAAGACUGUGGUAUACAAGCAUGGCUUUGUGUGUGUCUGUAUGAAAUGGUGAUGGAGUCUCUUGACUUUUAGAAAAUGAUGAUACUUCCUUUCCUCUGUAUUAUGUUCAUAGCAAGUCCCUUAUACCCUUAAGUGAAAUGUAAUAUGAAUUAUUAACCCCAGUAUAAUAGGACAGACAUAUGUCUUGAUUGUAGAAGAAACCAGCUUUGUAAAAAAAUGUACACUUCUUCUAAAUCAAAAAUUAAUUUUGGCAUUCUAAUAGAAAUCACAAACAUGAAUUAUUAUGCCAACAAAGUUGGUAAACUGAAGUAAGGCUGAAAUGCUGUGAAACUGCUGGAGGGACAAAGUAAACACUGCCAGCUACAGUUACUGUAAUUGAUACUGCGUGUGGUUUGAUUUGGAUCAGUUGUCCCCAUUUUUAAAAGGUCAGUGUCACUCUGGCUUUGUGAAGUAAAGCUAUCUAAGCAGACAAUCAUACCCCCAUUUUUCCUACCAAUAUUAGUGUGUCCAAUUAUGUUCCCUUACUGCAGCAAUUCCCCACAACACCCAAGGAGAUACCGUGACUAUGCCAAUUAACUCUUUACACCCAGGAGGUUGGCAGCGAACCCUGCAGGUGUCCAUUUUGUGCUCACCAGGUGCCUGACCAUGAGAUUCAUGCUACCGUGAAGAGGAGAAACAGUCCCUGUCAUUUUCAAGUUUAAACAGAAAAAAAAUCUGCACAGCUGUGUACUAGAUGCUGCUAUCUCUGACGAUUCUACAGACUGUUAGGCUUAUCUUGGUAACUGUUCUAGGAACAACAGAAAUGAAAGAGAGAGGCAGUUACAGCUGAACAUUUGUACACAAAGUCAGUUCAAAGGACCUUAAAACAGCAAAUAACAAAGAAAUACACGUUACAGCACACGCAAAUAUUUACACAGUACCUUGUUCUCUUACCAACAGCCUCUUGUCUUCACAAAGACUGCCCAGCACAAACCUUUGGUUACUGUUUAAAUACCUGCCUGCAGGUGCCACCAAUUCAAUUAAAUUAAACAAAUACACCUGUGGCUGUGCAAACACAGCCACACCCCCAUUUAUCUGGCAGGGACAGAAAUUAACCCUAUCCCUGCCAACCACCAACACAUUUUUUCAGGCAGGGAUUUGCCCUGCCACAAUAUAUUUUGAAGAUAUUCACUAAGCAUUUGAAAAUGUAGUGUAAUUACAGCUGAGGGCAAGCUCUUGUGUAACAAAUUAAGAAUCUCUCCCUUUACAGGCUAAAAGUCCUGCUGAUUUCAAUGCAGUUAAUUAGCUUCCAGUUGAGAGUUGCUGUGGAAGCUGAGUGCGGGGGCAUGGGCAUGUUCAUCCUCUUGAUGUUGAAACCUCAGUUCUGUCUUCUUGGUUCAGAGCUAAUCAGAGCGCUACUCCCCCGAUUUCGCUCCCUGUGGCUUCUCCUCAUGGAUUGAAAUGGUGAGAUGGGACCACUUCAGGACGUGGUUCAUUUCUGAAGAGCCCUCAGCAGUCAGCCAUAUGAAAUAUAACCUUCUACCAGCCUUUCGUUUUUUACGGAAGCAGUUUUAUUUUUUAUUAUCAGCAUAUUUAAGGGUGUUACAUAUAAUUAGAACCUUUUUUGUAUAGCAUUAUACUCCUUUUAGGUGAAGUUGUGUAAAUGUAACUUAAUUUAGAGCAACCAGAAAGUGUGGUAAGGAGAUGUUUAUCGAUGAGACAGCAUUUUGCUAGGAAUCCCUCCAUAAGGAUCUUAGAAAGCUAAAGUUAGCCCUAGCUAUAUUAGUAAUGGUUAUAGUGGUGCUGCAAUUUUGAUUUAUUCUAGGCAAGGAUAGUCUUUUUAAUGCAUCAGUCAAACCAGCAUAUAGACAUUACUGAGAGAAAGGGGGCAGCUGUAAACAAGAGUCAUUGCUGAGAAGCAGGCAAACAGGAACCACCAAAGAACACAAAUGAACCUUGAUGGUUACAGCUUCCAGCAAUUAGAUCCUGGAAUUGUCAUCUCCUGUGUAUGCAGCUUCUUGUUCCACCAAUAACUGUACAUGUGUGUCUGUGACUGUGUCAAACACCUGCUGUCCCUUUUCCCUCGCCAUGGAGAAUGGGAUCUAAAGAGCUGCAGAUGGGAAGUAGCUUCAGGAUGCAGAAGCUCGGGGGAGGUGACAGUGUCGUUGAACCAGAACAAACACCUCGGGCAGCACAGCCACUAUUCACAAGGAUAUAGACUUCUCGAGUAAGUUAUGUUAUUCCUGAGGGAAGA